CCCGCCGCGGAGCCGGUCGUGGAGUUCGCGCUGCGCACCUUCGCCUUCGGCCUCUUCCUGCGGCCCGGCCGCGCCGCCCCGCCCGAUGACGGCGGCCCGCCCCCGGGCGCCCCCGAGGAGGCCGCCGGCGCCGGCGGGGGCGGGGAGGGCGAGGGCGCCGCGGGCGACGCGGAGGGCCGCUGGGAGGCGGUGCGGGUGCCCGCCGAGAUCGCGGGGGCCCCCGGGUUCACGACGCUCGCGUGCCGGCGGCACUGCUGCCUGGGCAUCACGCCCGAGGGCGACGUGCACCGCUGGGACGCCGCCGGGCGCGGCGCCGGCGUGCUGGCCUGCGGCUUCGGGGUGGAGUGGUCGCUGCUCGUGCUCAAGGACGAGGCGGGCCAACGCGUGCAGCUGCGCGACGUGGGGAUCGGCUACCCCAGCCCAGGUGGUACCAGAAAUGCCCCGGCGAGCUCUUCGACCAGCCCCGCCAGGAGCCAGACUGGCAGCCGCCAAGGCCCCGGCAGCGCGCCCCGCAGCCCGUCGGGCAGCCAGGCUGCCAGCCCGCCGCGCGGCGCCCGCACCGAGGAGGGUACCUUCCCGACGUCGCCCGCCGCGGCGGGCGGCGGGGGCUCUCCCCAGGGCGCAGGGGGCGGCGCGGCGUGCGACGAGCACGCCCGGCGCCUCGGCCAGACGCCCGCUGGCGGUCAGCAGCCGCGAGUGCAUGCGGUAGGGGCGAUCGCGCUGAUGGACAGCGGCGAGGUUUACACCACCGAGGUUUUUCACAGCGGCGUCGCUGCCGACGGCUGUGAUGGGGCUUCGGGCGCGUGGCUUGGCCCGUCGACGCUGGCCCACGGGAGCGCCCUUGGCGAGGCGCAGCCGCUGGGGAGCGUUCGCGGCGCGGCAGUUGGUGCCCGAGCGUCCGCGUAUAGACUGGCGCAGCGCCUCGUCAACCAGAGGGCGCAGGCGAAGGAGCGCUGUCUGGCGCUGCCGUCCAUGCUGGAGUCCCUCUUCGGGAACGCCUGCUUCCUGAUGCGCUCUCUGGAUGCGUCUGAGACGGUCGACGGCGACAUCGAUGCCACGGGCUCGUCCUUCUCCGCCCCCUCAGCGCAUGCCGCCUUCCUGCCGCCCGGGCAGAUACAUGCCGAGCUGUACGACCUGAGCGUGGCCGAGUGGGCUCGCGGGCGCACGGGGUGGAGAUACGAGAAGGAGAACACAUCGGAGGUGAAGACGCGUGGUAUGAGGCGGAACGGGCGUGAUGCCAUGACUUUGGAUGGCGGCGAUGAGAAGAAUAUCCUGUGGCCGAUGGCGAUCGGCAACGUCCUGCGAAUCACGCCCGAGCUCUUCCAGAUCCACAAGCAGCAGGCGCUCGACGCGCGGCGGGCCGAGGCGGCCGCCGCGGCGAACGUGCUCAUCACGCUGUCGGACCCGCCCCGCAGCCACGGCCGGGAGCGCAGCAUCGAGUGCAUCUCGGGCAGUGACUGCGGUAGGAUGCUGGAGGCGUACACCUUCUUCCGGCCAGACAUCGGGUACGUGCAGGGGAUGAGCUUUCUCGCGGCGGUGCUCCUGCUCUACCUGCCGCCCUACCCCGCCUUCGUGGGCCUCUGCAACCUGCUCAACUCGCCCUCCGUGCUCGGCCUCUACCGCCUCGAGCCCGGCUGCGUGGAAUGCCGCGCCGAGGUCUUUCGCCAGCUCUGCGCGGCCCAGAUGCCGGCCGUGGCCAGGGUGAUCGAGGAGGCGGGCCUGCGCCCGGAGAUGUUCCUCAUCGAGUGGUUCAUGACGCUCUACUCGAAGUGCCUGCCCAUCGACGUCGCGUCCGUGAUCUGGGACCUGUUCCUGCUUGAUGGAGAGGUGGUCCUCUACUGCGCGGGGCUCGCGCUCCUCCGCGUCUCCGAGCAGGAGCUCCUCGCCGGGGGUGGUGCCGACCUCGAGGGCUGCGCGCGCAUCCUGGGGGAGGAGCUCCGGGAGCGCGCCAAUGACCCGGACGAGCUGCUGUGGCAGCUGAGCGAGGCCGAGCGCCGGGCGCCGCCGCAGCUGCUGGCAGAGAUCCGCAGCAUCGAGAACGCCGAGUUCGGCUCCACGCCGCUGCCGGGCCGGGCUGGCGUGCUCGGCGCCGGGGCGGUGGCGGCAGGCGCUGCAGGGGCCCCUGGCGCUGGCGCGAGCCUCGGCAGCCCAGGUGCGGGCAGCCUGGCAGGCGCUGCGGCGCCGCCGUUGCAGCGCGGGUUGGCGGCCGUGUCGGCGCUGAGAGACUCCAUCGUGUCGCGUUGGCGCUAG